ACCUUCUGGUACAAUAAACAUGAUAUCGGGUGGUGUACACUCUGGGGGCCAAAGCGCCCGAGCUCGCAAGGCAUAUGCCCGACAGGUGAUGACCGUCAACAAAAACAGAUCCUUGAAACGGCCGUUUGAGGAAGCAGAAUGGGAAAAUAUGCCCAUCACAUUUAGCCCGGCAGAUUACAAGCGAGCAGAAGGAGAGUCUGACAUUAUGAUGCCCCAUGCAGAUCCCUUUGUGACAACAGUUCAUAUAGGCAAUCAUAAUGUCAAUAAGGUGUUUAUUGACACUGGCAGUUCGCCAGAUAUCCUGUAUUGGGCUGGACAUGAACGGAUGAGUUUUCUUGACGCCAGCUCAGGCUAUCACCAGGUUCAGUUGCUGUUGGACGACCAGGAGAAAACAGCUUUCUACGCAGGGGACGCUAUCUAUUGCUAUGUGAUGAUGCCAUUUGGCUUGAAAAAUGCUGGCGCUACAUAUCAGAAGUUAGUACAAAUCGUCUUCAAGCUCCAGAUUGGCAGAAACAUAGAAGUGUAUGUGGAUGACAUGAUAGUCACCAGCGUGCGAGCAGAGGACCAUAUAGACGACCUGAGUGAAACCUUUCAGAAUUUGCGCCGAGCUCAAAUGAAGCUGAACCCUCUGAAGUGCACGUUUGCUGUAGAAUCAGGAAAAUUCCUAGGAUACGUAGUAUCCCAGAAAGGAAUAGAAGUAAAUCUAGAGAAGGUUGAGGCCGUUCAGCAAAUGGAGCCGCCAAGGACCGUCAAAGACGUGCAGCGUUUGACGGGCCGUAUUGCUGCGUUGCACAGGUUUGUAGCCAGGUCGGCAGAAAGAUGCCUUCCGUUCUUCAGGGCCCUGCGAGAGCUCGAAAGUUUUCAAUGGACCGAUACAUGUCAGCAGGCCUUUGACGAGCUCAAACGAUACUUGGCGUCAGCACCCCUGCUGUCCAAGCCUAUGGAAGGGGAGAGUUUGUAUCUGUAUUUAGGGGUUACAGUAGAGGCGAUUAGCUCGGUCCUACUCAGGGAAGAGAAUAAAAACCAGAAGCCUAUCUGUUAUGUAAGCAAAGUCUUACAGGGUGCCGAGCAGAACUACCCACUAGCGGAAAAGGCUGCUUUUGCCCUGGUUUACACAGCUCGUAAGUUGAGAGCCUACUUUCAAUCACACCAGAUUAUUGUCUAUACCGAUCUGCCGUUGAGAAGGAUAUUGCAAAAACCGGAGCUCUCUGGUCGGCUCAUCGGAUGGAGUGUCGAACUGAAUAACCACCGAGCUGAUGAGCUGUCAAAGUUGGCCUCCUCACAGGACAUUAACCCUCAGAGAUCAACAAUUCUCGAGGUACUAGACGCACCAAGCUACACCGAUCCCACAGUUGAGUGUCAGUUGCUAAGCACAGACCCCUCUACGUCGAGUUGGACCACCCCGCUCAUAAAUUAUCUACAAAGUGGCGAGCUACCUGAAGACCAGUCCGUUGCAAAAUUGAUUAAACGCAGGGCGGCACAUUUCACUUUGUUAGAUAACCAGCUUUACAAGCGAGCAGCCUCAAUGCCCCUACUACGCUGCCUCACUCCUUAUGAAGCUGAAUAUGCUGUGAGAGAAGUUCACGAAGGAGUAUGUGGCACGCACAUCGGCGGCAAAACUUUAGCUCGGAAACUCCUGAGACAUGGUUAUUACUGGCCCACCAUGGUUGAGGACGCGCAGAACUAUGUCAAAAAAUGUCCGACCUGCCAAUUCAAUGCUGAUGAUAUACAUAUGCCAGGGGAAAUGCUAUCCUCUCUUACAUCUCCCUGGCCCUUUGCUCAAUGGGGUGUCGACCUGCUCGGCCCUUUCGUUAAAGGCAAAGGAAGCUGCACUUUCCUGGUUGUUGCAGUGGAUUACUUUACUAAAUGGAUAGAAGCUAAACCAUUGUCCACAACAACAGAAAGGAAAAUAGAAAAAUUCUUGUUCAAUUCAAUAUUGUGCAGGUUCGGCAUACCUAAGCGAAUCAUCGCCGACAAUGGGCCACAGUUCCGAGCAGCAGCGCUGAGAUCGUUUUGUGACGACUAUGGCAUUGAGCUCGCUUUGACGUCCGUGUAUACCCCACAGCCCAAUGGGCAAGCCGAGUCCGCCAAUAAAAUCGUCUUGCGAGGCCUCAAGACACGUGUUUUGGCUGCGCAUUCUAAUUGGGUUGACGAGCUCGAUAAAGUGCUUUGGUCUUGUCGCACCACACCCAGCUCGGCCACGGGCGAAACCGCUUUCAGCCUGGCCUAUGGAGCUGAGGCCGUCAUCCCAGUAGAGGUUGGAUUGCCAUCCGAUCGAACAGGCCGGCAUGACGACCUCAACAAUGAGCAACUUUUGAGAGAGAACCUGGACUUCGUAGAAGAGGUCAGGGAGAUGUCGAGAAUAAGAGCUGCGGCACAUCAAAACCGUGUUGCAAAAUUUUACAAUAAAAGAGUCCGAGCUCGCCAGUUUCAAGUUGGCGACUUGGUCCUACGUAAAGCUGGAUUAACUAACACUCAUUCGCUUAUGGGCAAGCUCGCUCCUAAUUGGGAAGGCCCCUAUAUGGUUGUUCAAGUUAAACGACCUGGUUCUUACGUGUUAGCAAAUAUACAAGGACGCCAGUUACCUUACAUUUGGAACAUACAGAAUCUUAGAAAAUUUUUCAGUUAGCUUGUAUACUAUUCUUUUAUUUAAGUCGUUAUUCGACAGUUGUAAACAAGGGUAUACCGGAAACACAGCAAGAAUUCAAAGAAAUAUUCAUUUUUGUA